AUGACAUCCCAAACGCCCCACAUCUCGGCAAUGAUGCCCAGUGACCUAACCGGCUUUGAGGUCACCACAGUCAGCACUUGCGCCGAACACGAGCGACCUCAUUGGCGGGCUGAAGAAUAUGGGCGGUGUGUGGUUUUCGAAUUAAAAUACUUCGUCAAUCUCGACGACUGCGAGACUCUGCGGCCUCAAGUUGCGACGCAGAAGCACAUCCACUGGCAUGCAAAGUCCGACGCAAAUGCACCACGCAUUCCCGAGAUUUUGCACUUCUUCGAAAUUGGAGAGAUGGGACACGCGCAGAAAAAGCUGCAGAUGCUCUCAGGGAAUGGUCGCGCCAGCCACAAGCUCUUCAAAAACAAUACAGUUCCUCUGUCCUUCUCAGCCGUAGAGGCCUUGCAAUGGUACUUGGACAAGGCGCUUACAAGACGCUCGAGCACAGCUCCACCAAUAGAACCCGUCAGGAUCAGCCAUGAGCCGCUAAUCUUCACCCAAUCCGACAUAGACCCAAGUAACUUUGGCGUUGAUAAUGAAGGGAAGAAAGUCAUUUUCGGCUUCGGCAGUGUAGGGCUCUUGCCAGUAUUCUUUGCCCUUCAUACCUUGUCUUCAUCCGCCACCUUCACCACCGCUGUCGCAGAGUACUUAGAGUGGCCCGCCCUCUGCCAAUCUAAGUCGAUGGCCCUAAUUGCUGAGCUUUUAUGGGUGACGUCCGACCUGACCCUUGGUCUGAACAAGGACGGCAAUCCCCGACGGUAGGAUAAGUUUCAAUAUAUAUAUGCUUACGGUCUUCAAGCCUAGUAAGUUAACUUCUCUACUUGCUCUAGAAUUUGAACACGUAACUAUGUGAUCUAGAAACAUAAGCUCUAGGUUUGGUUUCCCGAGCGUGUAAAUCCUGCAACUGAUAUCCUCAGCCUUUAUCUUUCGCGUCCCGUUUAUUAUCACAAAUCCCACUGUGAAGAAACUCGCCUAGUCACCCGCUUUCCCAAUCGAGUUCGCAGCCACCGCCUCAUCCUCAGCCACAACCCACGUUUUCGUGCUGUCUUCAUGCAAACUUUCCUCCACAAUCAUA